UCCUCUCUUCCGAAUACACUCUGUCGCCCUUCACAUUUCUGUAGCCAUGGAAGUCGUCCCUACCAAAACCCACAUAGCCCUCCUAGCCAGCCCCGGCAUGGGACACCUCAUCCCGGUCCUCGAACUUGGCCAGCGCUUCGCCGUCCACCACCGCUUCCUCGUCACCAUCUUCGUUGUGACCACCAAUGCCUCCACCGCCAAGUCCCAGCUGCCCCUCUACUCCUCCUACCGAGACCUCCUGAACAUUGUCUUCCUUCCGCCAGUUGACGUCUCGGACCUAGUCACCGACUCGAUGGCAAUCGUCUCUCAACUGGUUCUCAUAAUGCGCCACGCAAUGCCGAUCCUACGCACGGAGAUCGCUGAAUUGAAGCCAUGCCCCUCGGCCCUCAUGGUCGACCUCUUCGGGACCGAGGCUUUCAAGAUAGCCGAAGAGUUCGGUAUGUUAAAGUACAUGUUCGAUACCGGUAAUGCAUGGUUCCUUGCCCUAUCAUUAUAUUAUCCCCAUCAAGAUGAAACCAACAAGCACGGCCAUGUCUAUCUCCAUAAGCCGCUGAACAUCCCAGGAUGUGCGCCGCUCGAGUACGAAGACACGGUUGACCUGUACUUCCAACCGGAGGACCGGGCCCUUCAAGACGAUUUUGCAAAGAUGGGGCUCGACAUGGCAAGGGCUGAUGGGAUACUGGUGAACUCUUGGGAGUAUUUGGAGCCUAAGACGUUGAAAGCACUGAGAGAUCCGAACUUGCUGGGCCGGCUCAGCUCGGUCCCAGUCCACCCAGUCGGUCCAUUGAUUCGGCCGGCCAAACCGGUCAAAGAUCCGGUCUCCAGGAGCGCGGCACUCGAUUGGCUGGACUUGCAACCCGCCGGGUCGGUGCUUUACGUGUCGUUCGGCAGUGGCGGGACCUUAACAGCUGAUCAGCUCACCGAGCUGGCUUGGGGCCUGGAGCUGAGCCAGCAGAGAUUCGUUUGGGUGGUGCGGCCACCCAUCGAGGGCAGCGCAUUCGGGUCAUUCUUCCGUCAGGAUAAGAGGACCGAGGACGGAACGCCGGAUUACCUCCCCGAUGGUUUCGUGAGUAGGACCCGCGAGGUGGGCCUCGUGGUGGAGAUGUGGGCCCCACAGACCGAGGUCCUGGCCCAUCAGUCGGUCGGGGGAUUCCUCUCACACUGCGGGUGGAACUCCACGCUGGAGAGCAUCAUCAACGGGGUGCCCAUGAUAUGCUGGCCGCUCUACGCGGAGCAGGGCAUGAACACGGCCGUGCUCACCGACCACCUCGGCAUGGCCACUCGCGCGAGGGAGGUGGGGCCCGGCGGGGUGGUCGGGAGGGAGGUGAUCGAGAAGGCGAUAAGGAGGGUGAUGGACGAGGAUGAGGAGCAUGGGAGGUUGGCGAGGGCGAAAGUGCUGGAGCUCAAGCACAGCGCGGAAGUGGCUCUGGCUAAGGGCGGCUCGUCCCACGGCUCGCUCGAGCGGGUGGCUAAGGAGUGCAAAACGGGCCGUACGGACCUGAGAGAAAGGGCCCGUGGGGCUUAGCUUCUGUUUAAAAGUCCGUAAAGUAUAUAAUAGUAGUAUUUACCAGUGUAUUAAUUUUGGUCUGUUCUUCCAGAGUUUCUCUUUUUUGUUUUUCA